AUGGCAAUAACCAUAACAUGGAGACUACUGCGUUGUGCUAACUGCUUUUAUCAGCUCGCUUGCGACCCUUGGGGCUCUCCAGAAGCUUACGAACUCAAAAGGUUUACGGGUAAUGUUGGAAGAUCUGGUGUCACGCUUCUCGUCCCGCCCAAAGCGUCGAUGGUCAUGGAACGAGAAGAAACAUCUUGGCGACUGAUGUCAUCUUCGGGGUUUGAUGGAACAUCUCAGAACUAUUUUCCCAAAACUUCGAUGCAUCUCUCCUUUACGGAAUACUAUGUUCCACUCGUCCAAUCUGGCGAUGUUCAGGAGCAAAGUAGCCAGGUUUUCUUGCUGGAAUCCGUUGUCUCUGUGCAUGACUCGGAGCGUUGGAUUGGAGACGUCGACGUGUUGAAAUGUCUCGCCAGCCCUUUUCUCGUCUACACAGUCGACAAUGGAUGCCAUAGACAGCAUUCAAAUCGCCACUUUAGAGGAGUGUCAUCUUUAGAAACAUGGGAUGAUGUUCUAGAUCCCCCUCCUGGUGAAUGUGUGAUUAGAGCCCAGGGCUCUUGGCUGGCACGGUUGGCGAUUGUGACUAUUUUUAUUGAGGCUCGAGGAGAACCAAAUGGGGAACGUAUCGCGAUUCUCUCGAACGAUACUUGCUGGGAAUGCUAUGGGCCUUCGACAAGGUUUUCGCAAGCACAGCCGAAUGUUGAAGGAAAUCGUCUACAAGCACUACGCAUACCCAGUGUUGGUCGAGUUAUUGUGUUUUGA